AUGAUACAGGUUAUUUUUUUUUUUUUUUAUAUACAAUUUACACGUAGAAAGUUGAAAACUAAAAAUACAAUAGAUUAUGGUGCAUUAAUAAUUAAAGGAUCGGCUGCAAUCGUUAUUGUAAUUUCGCUUUCGUUAAUAUUUUUAGCUGUCGGUAAUAUGGUUUAUCAGAGUUUUGCAAGUAAUGCUGUUCUACGUCAAAAUGUGAGUAAAAAUUUUUUAAAAUUUUCUCUGGUGAUUCGAAUUUUUUUUUUUUUCAAUUUUUUAUCAUAG